UAAAAAUGGGCGAUAUGGCACAGGUAUCUCAACUUCAACAAGAACAAGCUUGUUUUAUCUAUCUAACAUAGUUUAUUAACCAUGGUCGCUGUUGGAAUGCCUUUGCCUAAAGUCACCCUCUGGGAAGACAAGCCUAACCAAAACGUCGACUUGCCCACUCAAGGCAAGAUCGUUGUUGUUGGUGUCCCUGGUGCUUUCACUCCUCCCUGCUCCUCUCAUGUCCCUGGCUAUGUUGCCAACGAGAAGGGUUUCGAAGCUAAGGGUGUAGCUGGUAUCUACGUUAUUGCUGUCAACGAUGUCUUCUGCACUGCUGCCUGGAAAAAGGCCUUGGAAGGCGGUGAACAAAGCAAGGUCCACUUCCUUGCCGACUGGAAUGGUCAAUUCACCAAGGGCUUCGACGCCACCUUUGACGCCAGCGGUCUUUUAGGUCCUCUCCGCUCUAAGCGUUAUGCCGCUAUUGUCGAGGACGGCAAGGUCACCAAGGCUUUUGUUGAAAACGAAGUCACUGACGUUAACGUUAGUUCUGCCGACAACGUCCUCAAGUCUCUUUAAAUUCUGAGGAGAGAAUCGAACUUGACAAAACAGUAGCUGAAGACGCAUUCAAAAGCGCUCUAAAAUGCCUUUUUUUUCGUCGAUGCAUUUGACCGACUGUAUCAUGAUAUUAAUGAUGGAUAGACGUAAUGAAUGAAUAUUGUCUUAGUACGAUAUAUCUUUUUGUAAAGGAAGGUAAUAUGAUUCUGUGUGAAUUUGGAAUGCUUCGACAUUGUUUGUCAGUAACUUAAAACUGUAAGA